AGAAUUCUACGUCGAGUGAAGAGGUAAGACAAUAAAUGUGAGGAAGGAGGAGUAGAUAACAAGAAGUUCCCCCUCUUCUUUCCCUCCACCUUUACAGUCAGUUACAAACUCUCAUUCAUGGUACAUACACACACACACCCCUACUAUCACAUCUCGAACCCCCUUCUCCAUCUCCAACUUCUAGUCACCCCACCCCCGUCAUCGGCCCCUUCUGCCAGACAGACAGACAGACAUUAAUAACAACGAGCUGGAAUUUCAUCUUUUAACCACGGCAUGGACACAAAAAACAACCUCAGUGAUGCUGCUGUUGCUAAUGCUGCUGCUGAUGAUGGUGAUGAUAUUGCGAACAGAAAAUAUCCCGCUGUUCCCAUGUAUGGCCCUUGCAAUGUGAGAGAUCUUAAACCUGGUACAGUGAAAUAUUGGUGUGCUUGUGGACUCAGUCGAAGACAGCCAUGGUGUGAUGGUUCGCACAAGGGGACAGGAAUAAAACCUAUUCGUUGGGUUGUUCCGGAAUCCCAAAGCCUGUACCAGAUUUGUAAUUGCAAGUACACAAAAAAUCCUCCUCACUGUGAUGCGACUCAUGUUUAUUUACCAACAGAAGUGCUGCAUAGAAAGGCCACAUGUGAGAACAAAAGUUCCCAUGUAGACACAUGCAAACUUUGCACUCAAUGUGGUUGGGUGCCUGAUUUUUAAUACUAGAAACCUUCGUUAUUAAAGAAUUAAAAGCAAAUACUUUAUCU